AUGUCCUCUGGACAACAUCGGCCCCUACAUGAGCAGCUGAGAGCGGUGCGCCUAAAACCCACGACCGCCAGGCUCGCAGCCAAGAAGCCACAGCCAGUGCGCGGCCUCGUCGCAGAUGCACAUGACGAUGUCAUCACUGAUGCCGCAUUCAGCUACGACGGCACCCGAUUGGCCACUGGCAGUGCCGAUGGCUACGUGAACAUCUUUGACCUCGUGGACGGCCGCUGGAUUCGCUCCCAGAAGAGACCUGAGCUCGGCAGUGCCGUGUCGAAGCUGGCGUGGGCGCACCCAUAUUAUGGUCAACUGAUUGCUUGUGCAGGAUACCGAGGGCACCUGAGCAUCUUCGCUGAAGAGCCUGGAGCCGAGCUGCAGCAAGGGCAGAUGACGUGGGCAGCCCGCAUGGACUUUUCCGACACACACGCGAUCACAGACCUCCGCUUUGCGCCCCAGCAGCUCGGCCUUAUCCUCGUUGCAUGUUAUGCCGACGGGUUUGUGCGUUUUCUCAAGGCCGAGGCCCCAUUUGAGCCUGUCGAGUGGCGCGUUGUGGUGUCUGCGAACCUGCGCGGGUCUGGGGUGCCGACUGUGGACUGGUGCGAGCGGCGGACGUGGGAUUACGUCAUGGCGCUCGGCGCACGCGAGGGCGACCACGGUGUCCGCCUCUACCACUACGACCAGGAAUCCCUGGAGCUUGACAUGGCUGAAAAAGUUCAAGCUGAGCCUGCCACCAGCAUCGCCUUUGCGCCAGCAAUGGGCAGGUCAUAUCUGCUGUUGGCGGUGGCCAUGCCAGACGGAGUCGUGCGCGUCCACAAAAUACACAAGGUGCGGAUCAAGGGUGCGCCGCCCAAAUACCGACCGGAGCUCAUCUUCGAUCGCCAUUUGCACAAGGGCAUG